AUGUUGGCGAAGCGUUACCUUUUAGUGCUCGCAGUUACUUUCUUUGGCACUAUAGAUGCAUCCGCCUUUUAUGGGCACGAAUAUGCCAGUGACCUGGGAACCAACCGGUCGUUGGUUCGGCUGAAACGGGACGAAGAGAGCUGCAGUUACAACGAGUAUGAAUGCAGUGACGGUUUGUGCGUUCGCGCCCAGGCGGACUGUAACGGGAAUUUUGAGUGCGCGGAUGGCAGCGACGAGACCUUCGCUCUAUGCAGGACAAGGAGCUGCAACAAGGCUCAGUUCAGGUGCAACUACGGCGCGUGCAUUGACAAGGGUGACGUUUGCAACGGACGGCGGGACUGUGUGGACAAUUCCGACGAGCUGGGUUCCAAGUGCACCGGCGAGGAAUGGAUAGUUGGCGGGCAGUUCAAGUGUCGCAGUGGUCAGCUCAUACCGGAGAAGGGCCGUUGCGACGGCGUGGCGGACUGCAAGGACGGGUCAGAUGAGAGCGUCGCGGCGUGCGUGGGACUGGUCUGCCAGCCGGAGCAGUUUCAGUGCGGGUACGGCGGAUGCGUGGAGGGCGCGGCGAAGUGCAACGGCACGGCAGAAUGUCGAGACGGUACGGACGAACUGUUGGAGGUCUGCGGCAAGAUCACCCUGGUUCAGACCAGCGAUCUAAAUAACAGCACCACGGAGGUCAAAGUUAUCAAGUGCGCGCUACCUCAGCAGCCAGAGAACGGCGUCUACCGGAUAGUGAGCGAGACCAACCUAAACGACGCGGACUACGUGUACCUGGAGUACGCUUGCUACCCUGGCUUCAAGUUGGUGGGCGAAGUGAAGGUGCUGUGCUGGAGGGGCGCGUGGCCUGAGCUACCCCACUGCGUCCAGACCUGUCCGCUGGCUCGACACGACAGCGUCGAGUACCAGUGCACGGACGAGGACGCGGAUGUGUUGAGGAGCUGCGGCCCCGAGGAGCCAGAGGGCGCCAUCGCGAGGCCCAAAUGCAAGCAGCACUACUAUUCGCCGGUCGAGCUGCCCUACAUGCGGUGCAGCGGAGGCGCCUGGAGCUCGGGCCCCAUUUGCGCUCCGGAAUGUGGCACAUUGACGGUGAAACUUACGCCGCUGGUGCUGGGCGGAGAGGUGGCGCGGUUCGGUGACGUUCCCUGGCACAUUGGUAUAUACCGAAAGGAGGACUCCUCGGACCAAUACCAACAGAUAUGUGGCGGAUCCUUGAUCAGUAACACCGUGGUGCUGUCGGCCGCCCACUGCUUCUGGGACGAGCGGUACAGGCGGCUGGAGGACGUGGCCCGCUUCGCGCUGGCCGCCGGGAAGCUGUACAGGGCGUGGUACAACCCGAAGGACGAGCACUACGCGCAGAAGUCCAACGUCAGCAAGAUCGUGGUGCCAAGACUCUACCGGGGUCUCGAGCUGGACUACCACCACGACAUCGCAGCGGUGAUAGCAUCGCAACCGUUCCAAUACAAGCUGUACGUGCGGCCGGUGUGCCUCGACUUUAGGGCGGACUUCUGCGCCGAGCAACUGAAGGACGGGAGCUACGGAAAGGCGGCCGGUUGGGGCCUCACCACGGAGUUCCGUGGCUCAGAAUCUCAGGAGCUGAAAAUGAUAGACCUUCCCUACGUCGACGAGGAGACCUGUCUGGACCAGACCUCGAAAGCCUACUUGCAUUACUACGUCUAUGACAAGAUCUGCGCUGGAUCCUUAGAAGGGGAAGCGUUGUGCAGGGGCGAUAGCGGCGGUGGUUUGUCGUUCGCCUCCAACAUAUCGGGCGUGGAGCGUUACUACCUUCGCGGAAUCGCGUCCACCAGCCCGCUGCUGAAGGACCGCGUCUCCUGCAACGUCAACUCCCUCACCAGCUUCACGUCGGUCAUCAAGGAGCAAGGGGCUGGCCUACGCGCGCAGCCUUCCCCC